CGUAAACUGUAGGCAGAGUUCCGGGUUUUUUGGUAUUCUUCAUUUUUAGGUCGAGCCUGCCUUUCGCUCCGGUACACCGGCCACCUUCUGGUGUGUUCGCCCCCGUUGUUUUGUGGAUAUAUUUUUUUUUUUUUUUGGUUUGUUUUUUGAGGAGCAGUUCUUCUGCCAAUAGAUUUACCACGGAGAAACCAGCAGCCCUUCUGUCAGCAAUUUCCGGUGGGUGUUUGUGACAGGCGACGGCGAGCAGGAAGAAAGACGCAGAGAGGCGUCUGAGCUGAGAGAGGAAACUGCUGUGGCUUCUUCGUCUGCCUCAGAAUGACUGAGUUCUGGGUUUGUUUCAGUUGCUGCAUUGCAGAGCAGCCACAACCAAAACGGCGGCGACGAAUCGACCGCUCCAUGAUCGGGGAGCCAACAAAUUUUGUUCACACCACACAUGUAGGCUCAGGGGAUAUGGGCCUUGGAUUGGCAUCAGUAGACCUCGUUCAGGCCCAGAUGAAAUCCAAAGGAGGUUACACACAUGGAGGUUCGGAGGGUUCUCAGUUGUAGCAAGCUCUUCAACCUCAUGAAAACUACUGUUUUAAGGAAGAGUAAAAAAAACAUACAAAAGGAAAAAGCAGUUCCGUCUGUAACAGACCCAAGACCAAACAAUGAAACUUCUGCUUUUCCAGGAUGCUGUACAUAGUUUUAUCGUUCAUUCCUCCUGUUUUUUUUUUUUUGUUUUGUUUUUUUAAUGAAAGCACUGCUAUCCAUUUGUUGCCAUAUUGUUGCACUGUAAAGAGCAAAUGUUGAGGGUAGAUAAAGCUGUUUAGAGAGCUCAUAAUGUCAGUCAGAUGUAUGCUUGUGUGUAUGCAUGGGGGGGAGUUUUCAGAAAUAUUUGCUGUUGUAGCCCACUGGAUGCCUGUAAUUUAUUAGAUUUGUUGACGGACCUCAUGGUGGCUGGGCCACUGGAUAUAUGGAACAUUCAGCUUCCUUCUUUUCUCUCAGAGGUUUAUUAAAGUACAGGUUAAAAGUAAGCGACACAAACAUGUUGAGGUUUUUAUUCUGAGAAUUUCUCCUGCUUCUCUGAGUCACUUUCAGGGUUGAAGGUUGCUGUUUUUAUGAUAAACUUGAAAACGAGUGGAUACACUGGACCAUACAAUGUACACCGACACUUGCUUAGGAACCUCUUUUCUUCCAUUUCUUUCCUGUUUUUUUAAGCGUUCAGAUUGAAACUGCAUAGAAUUUUAUUAAAUGAAAAGCUCUCCGUUCUGCCUUCUGAAGUCAUGUUUAUUUUGUUAGAACAUUUUGCUGAAACAACAAACCUUCUAGUGUUUUUAGAGAAAAUUUAAUACAUUCCUUUUUUUUUUUUCCAAACUGUACACCAACUGUAGGCAAAUAAUCUUAAUGCAGAUACUCCCUCCGAGGAGGGUUAGGUUUUCUGUUGUUGACAGACUUGAUGUAGGUUCAUCUGGUUAAUUGUAACUGAUUGUAUCUUUCACCAGCACACAGAGAAAUCUCAGCUAUCUGACAUGUAAUCCCUUUCUUUAUUUGUUCCCUUCAAUUCAGCCUUGUCAUAUGUUUGUAUCUAGUUAUGUCAAUUUCUCAUGUAGAGUUUUAAUAUGUUAUAAUUACAAAAAGUAUUACUCUCUUAUCCUUUAGGUAAACAUUCUCUUCCACUGCUGUAGUGUUUUCUUGCUCUCCAAAGGAUUUGCCUUUUCCACAAGCACACAACCUUUUCUCUUAAUGGGAAAAGUAAACAAAUGCAGCUAUUGUCUGAUUCUGCUGGUUCUUCAGUGAUCAGGGUGGAUUUAAUGUCUUUUGUUUGUAAAACUCUUAUUUCUUUUUUCACUUGAGAUAGAGCUUUGUUUUGUUCUUAUCUUCAUACCAAUAAUUGUGUAAUAAUUAAUCAGAGAUGAAGCAAACAGCCUUUAAUUUCACAAUACAUAUUUUAUUUUCUUUGUGUGUACCCAAGGAUUGACUUUUUACACAUGUGUUGAAUGUAUUUCGUGCAGCAUGCUAAAAGAUGAUGGUACAAAGGAAUUCAAUUUUUAACACUGGUACCAGCUGGUAGAAAAUGCAGUCUAAUUGUAAGUUUGACACUCUUAAAUCUUCUGACAGAUUUAAUUAAAUUGAGUCUAGUCAGAGUUAAAAUAAAAGUUUCUGGAACAGCUGUUUUUUUUUAUUUAUUUUUUUAUUCGUUUUUUACACUAAUUGGCUGUGUAGUUUGCUCUGUAAAACAGACUAAUAUAAACAAUUUUAACCCCUAAAUCAUUAAAGAAAACCGGCCCUGCAGUACAUUUAUAUGACCAGCAGGCUGUGCUAUUGGACUGCUUGAAUGUGAUUUAAAAGAAUAAAUAAAUAAAAAUCCCGUUUUGUUUUUGAGGGAACCUGUCAUGACUUAUGAUGAUGCUGUAUAUGUGAUGUAUCAAAGUGAUAAAUGCGUGAUAUAAAUAUAUAAAUGUAUUCACAUUCGUGCAUAUUUGCUUUUUUUGUAAAAGCUUGCAGGGAAGGUAGAAUUGGCACAGUGUUUUAUUUUCUUUUUUUUUUUCUCAGGAUUUAACUUCAUGUAGUUCCCACUUUUAAAGGGAUAUUCAACUGUUUGUUUUUGUUUCCCUCUACAUGAGUAAAUAAAUAAAUGUUAUAUGUUGUCUGAC